UGCAUGGGCUGAAGGCAAAGCGGCUUCGCCCGUCUGUUUUAUUUUUAGCUGGCAGCUCAGGACAGCACAGCGCAGCUCCGCUCCGCCGGCGGAGCGGGCGGGGCGGCAGGCGAGGGAGGACCGAGCCGGCAGGGCGGGCGGACGGACGGGGCACCGGCGGAGAGAGGUUACCGCAGGCGAGCUGCAGCCAGCCGGGCUGCGGAGCGCCGCCGCCCCCGGCUCCCGCCCCGGCGGCUGCGAGCAGGGAGAGGCAGGGAGAGGCAGGGAGAGACAGGCAGCGGCCUCCGGUGUCCCCUCGCUGCGGCCGCGGUUCACCCCGGGCUGGCGACUCGGUGCCUGGCUUCUCCCCCACCGCAGCCGCGGCGCACCCGGGCCCUGCAGAUGGCCAGUCCUGGACUGGAGCUGGGAGAGGUUCAGCCUCCUCCCGAGCCCCCCCAGCCUGAGCUGGCCUUCACCGAGGCUCAGAAGUGGAUUGAGCAAGUGACAGGCAGAAGUUUUGGUGAGAAAGAUUUUCGUUCCGGAUUAGAAAACGGCAUUCUUCUGUGUGAGUUGCUGAAUGCAAUAAAGCCGGGAUUGGUAAAAAAGAUCAAUAGACUACCGACCCCCAUUGCAGGUUUGGAUAAUAUCAUAUUAUUCUUAAGAGGCUGCAAAGAACUGGGACUUAAAGAAUCUCAGCUUUUUGAUCCUGGUGAUCUGCAGGACACGUCAAACAGAGUAACCAUCAAGAACAUUGACUAUAGUAGGAAGCUGAAAAAUGUAUUAGUCACCAUUUAUUGGCUAGGGAAAGCAGCAAACAGCUGCACGUCGUAUAGUGGAUCAACCCUGAACCUGAAGGAGUUUGAAGGCUUCCUGGCACAAAUGAGAAAGGAAACAGAGGAUAUUGAUAGCCCCAAACGCAGCAUUCGUGACAGUGGCUAUAUAGACUGCUGGGACUCCGAGCGCAGCGAUUCCCUCUCCCCGCCUCGCCACGGCAGAGAUGAUUCCUUUGACAGUCUGGACUCCUUUGGCUCCCGCUCGCAGCAGACACCGUCUCCAGAUGUAGUGCUCAGAGGGAGCAGUGAUGGGAGAGGAAGUGACUCAGAAACUGACCUGCCACACAGAAAGAUGCCAGAUGUGAAAAAAGAUGAUAUGUUGGCGAGGCGGACCUCACACGGUGAACCUAAAUCAGCUGUGCCUUUUAACCAGUACCUCCCAAACAAGAGUAAUCAGACUUUCUAUGUACCUGCUCCGCUCCGGAAAAAGAAAGCUGAACGAGAGGAGUACCGAAAGAGCUGGAGCACAGCGACUUCACCACUAGGAGACAGACCUUUCAGCAAACCCAACCCUGAAACCAUAGAAGAAGAACUGAAUGAAGCGUCAGGACUGUGUGAAAAGGAGAAAGUGGCCUCCAUGGCUCCUGAAGCAAGCUCCCUUAAAAAUCAAUUAGGUUUGAAUCAAAGUGAAAAAAACUCCAUAGACCAGUCUCCUUCACGUAGUGCAAAAGAAACGUCGGCACCCAAGGGGAAAGAUGAAGAAGAGAUCAGAAAGUUAAGAAGACUGGAACAAGCUGGUAUUAAGGUCAUGUCAGCAGCCCAGCGCUAUGGCAGUAAAACGCCGGUACAUGAAGACAACAGAAGAACCCCAGACAUCAUCCUUCGCAAGGACAAUCCCUUCAUGACACAUUAUCAAGGAAAGGAUUCUGGUUCAGAAGAUGAAGCAGCCAGCAGAGUUCCUGACUUAGAAAAGGAUGACUUUGCCACCCGGAGAGCCAGAAUGAAUCAACCCAAACAUAUAGUUCCAUUUAACUCCUUUUUAGUUGGACCCUAUACAAGUAAAGAGAAGGGUAAACCGGAAGAUGUUAAAAAGCCAUUGCAGAUGGAAAAAAAGGAACAUGCAAGAAGAAGACGGGUGCACAUGACAUCAGUAAGGCAAAUAGUUACAAGCAAAGAGAACCCACUUCUGCAAAAUGAGAAGACUGAGUCAGAGGAGGAACAACAGGUGAAAGAGCCUGAUAAUGAGAGAGAUGAUUUGGCGAAACAGAAAUCUCAAAGCAUCCUUCCUCAGCUACAAGAUGAUGUGAUUUUUGUCAAUGCCUCUAUAACAAAAGCAGAUAUGGAGACCUGGAAAAGACUGAAACUUUCAGGGGAGCCCAGUGAAGAAGAUUUCAAGUGUUCCAGCAACACUCUGCCACCAACUGAUACCACGGUAAAAGCAGCAGCCCAGGAUGAUUUUGCUGUCCGCAAAACCAGAGCAAAUAAAAAGGCUGGUAGCCCCAAGCAGAAGUUUGUGCAUUUUGGGCCAGUAACUGAGAUUGAUCAACAGAAAUGGGACAAGCUCAUUAUUGGCAGAGCUUCAUCCAAGAGCAGAACAGAAGAGGAAAGCAAGAAAGACAGUGUGGAGAGUCACUCUGGUGUUGAAAGCUCUCCUCCAACCACUGUUGUCAGUCUUGGGUUUGCUGAACACAGCGAAGUAUCUGAGCCAGAAAAUGAGUCCAGUGAGGGUGGAGUCAAGUCAGGUACAGAUGACUCUUGCAAGAGAAUUCCAUCACCUGUACCGGCUUCUGAUGUCAUCUCUGAGAAACAAACCCCAUGGAGUUUGGGCAAUCAGCAAGAAAGCACCAAGGAAGAAUGUGACAGGAAUGUACCAGAUAUUGAAAGAGAUGAUAUGUUGGUUAGAAGAAUGAGAACUUUCCCGAGGCGUACCGCUAGCUCCAUUCCCACACAUUGUCCUCCCCUGUCAGUACCUCCUCAUCUGCUGCAGCAGCAGCAAGAGGAGGCUGUAGCUCGUGAGAAGGAUUUGAAGACUCUGCAGGAAGGAGAAAGUACUGUCACACAAGAAGUGAAACAAGAACAGCUUGAAAUCCCUCAGCUGCAGAGUGAUGGAACAGAAAGCAACAUGAAAUUUCCAGACCCACAAAGAGAUGACAUGUUAGCCAGAAGAACUGGAGCUUUUCUUAAACAACCUGGGCCCAGUGUUAAGCAGUUCCUUCCCAUGCCAUUUUCAAAGCAGCAGAAUAAGCAGGGCACAGCUACAGAACUUGCGAAGAAAACCACGAGGCCUGAAAAAUGUCCACAAGUCUACACUAACAGUUCUGGAAAACCUGCAAUAGAACCACUGCAAGAACAGCAGCAAGGGCAGGAGAAGGACAGUCUCCCACCUACAGGACAAGAUGAGAUUAUUAGUACUGCCCAAGUGGGUGAAGAUGGUCACAGUGAAGUCCACCUUGGUCAAACAUCUAAGCUUCCAGAGGUUCCUGAGGAAAAUAAAAUGGAAACACUUUCAUCCAAGGAUGAGCGUCUGCAAAUAUUCGGCCUCAGAACUCCUGUGUCUGAUGACGCAGAGAGUGUGAGUAUGUUUGACAUGAGAUGUGAAGAAGAAGCUGUGGCUCAGCCUCAUAGCAAAGCUCGCCAUGAGAAGCUGCAGAACAUACACAACCAGCUGAAAGAGGAUGAGACCAGAUGGCAAGAUGACCUGGCUCGGUGGAAGAGUCGUCGAAGGAGCGCUUCACAGGAUCUGAUAAAAAAGGAAGCUGAGAGAAAGAAAAUGGAGAGGUUAUUGGCUGGAGAUGGAACGAACGAGCGCAGAAAAAGCAUCAAAACCUACCGAGAAAUUGUGGAGGAGAAAGAGAGGAGGGAGCGGGAGCUUCAUGAGGCAUACAAGAAUGCAAAGACACAGGAGGAGGCUGAGAGCAUCCUCCAGCAGUACAUCGAAAGAUUCACUAUCAGUGAAGCUGUCCUUGAGCGUUUGCAGAUGCCAAAAAUUCUGGAAAGAAGCCAUUCAGUGGAACCAAAUUCCCCACUGAAAGACCCAAAUCCUCUGAGAUAUUUAAGGCAACAGUCACUUCCUGCUCCAAAAUUCACUGCCACAAUUGAAGCAACCAUUGUUCCCACCACUGAACUAGAGCCCAGCAGUUCAGCAGGACGCACAUCUCCCAGCAAAAGUGUCUCCAAGGCUGUGCCUAUGCUGACACCCAAGCCUUACUCACAACCCAAAAAUACACAGGAAGUUUUAAAGAACUUUAAGGUAGAUGGAAAAGUCAGCAUGAAUGGAGAAAAUGUCAACGGCAUGGAAGAAAAGGAUAAAGAAUGUACAACAGUAAUAUUUACUCCUUCACCAGCCAGAUCUCUGAAAUUUGACGGAGUAGCCAGAGGGGACAGGCCUCCGGUAGAGUUGAAGAAGGACCCCCCAAGUGUUGAGCUCAGUUUACAGAGGCCUGCCACUCAGAGUGUGCACAAAGAGCCAACAGCCCCCCCGGUGGAACUGGAUGGAGCUGACAGCCUGCAAGCCGAGCCCAGCCCCAGCAGUGCGGCACCUGCCCCCGCAGCGUGCCCAUCCCCAGGUUUAGAUCAAAAGCAGUUCAAGUCAACUGCAGCUUGUGCCAGCCCUGUUGUGAAGAGAUUAGAAUUUCUUCCCAGUCCUGUCUCUUCAGAGGAAACUGCUUCGAGCGAGAAAGAUGUGAAGAAAGCUGAAAUAGAGCAGCAGAAGGAAGCAGAGCUCCCUCCUACACAGGAGUCUGAACAGGUGAUGAAAGCAAAAGCCCUGGAAGAAAAGGGGAGUGUAGUGCUGCCGUUUUUAAAGAAACUACCGGAGACCAGCCAAGUUACUCUGCAUAAUUCUGGUCUACAAGAGCUGCCCCGCGGGGCCAUGGUUCCGCUUAGGGUUCGCAACAACUGGCGGCGCUCACAGUUUUUCUCCCAGUCAGCUGAUUCUGAUAGUGGUGACAAAUCAAAUCGUUUCAAUUUUUGGUCCUGGGAUCCAGAAGAAGAGCGAAAGCGCCAGGAAAGGUGGCAGCAUGAGCAAGAACGCUUGCUUCAGGAGAAGUAUCAGAAGGAGCAGGACAAGCUGAAAGAGGAAUGGGAAAAGGCCCAGAGGGAAGUUGAAGAGGAGGAGCGUAGAUACUAUGAGGAGGAACGCAAGAUAAUUGAGGAUACUGUAGUUCCAUUCAUUGUUUCUUCAAACUCUGCUGAGCUCCUCUCCUCUUCUUCCUCUGCCACUGAAGGAAACAAGACAUUGAAUUCAAGUGAUUCAAACAGCUUUCCAGAGGAAGGCAAACAAAAAGAAGGUACAAAGCAGAAAAAGCUGCUCUGGGAGCAGGACAGUAUGCCAUCUCUGAAGAGCAAGGAAAACGAGCUCUGGCAAGAAAAGAGGAGUGGAAAUAAAGUGCUCUCAGGAUACCCAGAGACUGGUAUCUUGAAAGGAGGAAGUGAACAGGAGCACCACAUGCCGGUGAUGGAGCGGAGCUCACCUGCCAGGCUGAAUCUGCCACUGACUCAGGAUAUCUCCUGGAAUCAGCAGCUGCUGACAAAGCAAUCUCCACAGUGCACAGAAGACAGUCGGCAGAGACCAUUCCUGGGCCAGACUGUGGGACAGCAACUGAGCUCCGCAGGGGAAGCAAGGAGGGCAGGCUAUCAUGAGAACUUCCAAUCUGGGCCGUCAUCUCCCUGCUCGCCUGCUGCUCUGAGUCAGUCACCCAACAGGUCUGUCAGUGGGAAGAAGCUUUGCUCUACCUGUGGUCUCCCUCUUGGAAAAGGAGCUGCCAUGAUUAUUGAAACACUCGGGCUUUAUUUCCAUAUUCAGUGCUUCAGGUGUGGCAUUUGCAAGGGACAGUUGGGAGAUGCAGCGAGUGGCACAGAUGUCAGGAUUAGAAAUGGUCUUCUUAACUGCAACGAUUGUUAUAUCCGAUCCAGAACUGCUGGACAGCCAACUACAUUGUGACAUGACUUUCAGUCCUAAUAACUUUCAAGAAGGAACUCUCUUCUCAUAUGUAUCGGCUGCCUCCAGACAAUCACUUGUAAAAGCUUGAAUCCAUGGACAUGAUGGCUCUCAUCUCGUUUUUAAAAACUCACAACAAAGCUGCACCUGCUCCUUUGAAAUGCAAUACGUUGUUUUUUGCUUCCUUAAGAAAUUUGCAAAAUAUGUAUGACCGUGUUUGGGAUGGCAAAGCCUAAGUACUAUAAAAACAAAACAAAACCACCUUUCAGGUAUGCUUAUGAUACCCAGUCUGUUACCUUGUUCUUUUGAAAGUAAUAAGAGAAUAAACAUGCAAUAAAGCUGUUUUGUUUUAAUAUUUCUAGCAAUUAAAAAGUUUAAGUUUACAGAACCUUUAUAGAAUAUGCCAACUUGAGCUGAGAAGUAAUUUUAAGAUAGCAUCUAAUCAGUGCAUUUGAAAAACUAAACAUCACAGCACGACUUCUCUGUUAUAACUGAAGCUAUAACUUUUUUUAUACAGAGACUAGUUUGAUAAUACAUCCUGUAAUUCUGAAGCAUUUUGUGUUUAUAUUACUUUCAAUGGAGGGUAGAAGUCAAACAAAUAAAUUAUUGCACCUUUAGUCAUAGGAUUUUUUUGUUUGUGUACCUCAAGUAAUGUUCAUGCCUAUAGUUUAAUAUUCUCUGAAAUAAAGAUUACUUCAUUAAACCUAAAGACUGCAUACCAUUAACAAUGGAAAAAUUCCCAUCAGGAGCAAUCCUUCUUAGUAAGUUCAGCAGCCUGUAUUGUUAUUAAACUCAAUGAAAGGUGAUGUGGGGGAGAGGCGGCCGAGCAGGCAGACCCGGCUGAGUUGUGAGUCUCCGAGUUGCAGUUUGAUGCUGUGGUGAAGCUUUUCUCUUUGGCAUGUAACUUGCCAAUCAGUGAUUCAAGUGGGUUGGACAUCUGCUCGUUCACUUGAAAACAUUACACUUGGUUGAAAUCUCAUGCAGAGGAACACGUGUGGUUUGGGUACCCCCUGGGGCAGAGAGUUAGAUGACCUUGAGCCUGUGUUCCUCCAUCCACUACCCAAAAAUAGUCAGCAAAACCCAGAAGUAUGGAAGAUGGGCAGGGAGGAGGCUGGCAGAAAAACUACCUUGCCUGUGUUUGGUACAGUGUUCCUUUAUGCUCUUUGAUUAAGCAUGUGCUCCUUACUAAAGUGAUCCAGCAGCUCAUUGAAACAGGGGUUCAGCAGGUAUCUACAAUACACAAAGUUAGGGAAUGUGUUGUAACUGUAAAAUAUCCUAGCUCUUUUUGGUAAACUGUUACUGAAAAUAUCUUCAAAUGGAGGGAAAAAAGUUCUUUUUCUGCCUUAAAACCACAAUAAAACUAAAUGAGUAGAGAUUUCUUCUAUCUAUGUGCAUAUCUGUUGUCUUUUGAUGUGUGGGUAAAUAGAAAUGAAGUGGUUAUUAGGGAAGCAAUAAUUCUGAGUUGUUCUCUAGAUAGCAAUUAUUUAUUGAAAUGCUAGACAAUUGCUUGCGAGUUGCGUAACCAUGCAAAACUGCGUGUCAUCAAACACACACGUGCGAUGUCAUUGGAGGACAUUGUGACUAUCUCCUGGAAAGUUACAUGUUACUUCCUUAAUACUGUGCCUUAUAAAAUGCAAAGCUGUUGCACAGAGUCAGCAAUGACUUAUGGAUGCAAUAAAUCCAAAAAGCUGAAGUCCUUUAUGGACUUCACCUGGGGAAUAUUUUUAAGUAAAAAAAAAAAUAAAUCAGACAAAUGUUUUGAAACUAAAAGUGAUAUCUUGUAUUUUGAUCAACCACCUGCAUGAUUUACUGUUAAAGGGUUUUGAUAACAAGGAUGCUUACUCUUUGCUUGUGGUUGUUAUAACAUUUUUCCACAAAGAAUGCGUAACAUGGAAAUUCAAGAAGCAGAUUUCGUAACUGAUGCGGUACAUCUGUGUAACUCCAUGUGCUGCAUUAAGGAUAUGUGGCUAUAUAAUGUCUGAACCUAAUUUUUAAAUGAGACUGUGCAUGCUUGUGCAUCUGUUGGAUAUGAACCUCUAGCACUGCUUCACCCACGUGAUAGAGUUAGAUGUGCAAAUCAGUUCCCAAGUAUAUCAAAGGGUUGGUUGUCUCAGAGGUCAGGUCCGCUUCUCAUUCCUGUAGGGAUAAGUGCCCAAGGCUUAGGAGCAUGGCUGGGAUAAAGUGCAUGAACGAGGGGGGAGGGAUAUUGCAUCACACUGCAGACACAUCACUGGGUCUCUGGAGCUGCUUAGGAAUUGAUCCCAGUGUCUAUCAGGUAGUUUUGUAUAUGCAUGUUUUAGCAAAGUUGGUUGUACUUAAAGUGAAAUGAUGCAGCGCUCAACGAUGACAAUUUUUUUCCCCAGUGAACGUCUAUUCACCAGCACAGAAUAAUUUUCAACAGUUUCCUGAAUCAUACAUGCCAACUUCUUAUGUUUGAUUUUAUAUUCCGUCUGGAAUCUUACAUGGCAAAUUCAUUCAGGCUGAGACUUUUUUUCGUUUUUCUUCCAGUUUAAACACAUUAAUAUGAUACAUUUCUAAUCAGGAACUUUGGCAACAGAAAAAAAUAACACUUUCCUACAUUUGAACUGCAAUGUAAAUGUAUUUGUUGCAAAAAAUGAUUUAUUAUUACUGAGCAAGUACGAUGUAUGUAAUGGGUUUUAGACGUUUUGGAAUUUAUUUAGCCUCUUACUACUUCAGAGAAUCUGAACAGGUGUCAUAACCCAUCUGUAUUUUACAAGCCCAUUUUCAUGGUGUAUUUUUUCCCUACUCUUGCUAUGUAGUGUUAUUGAUGCAGUACACCUGUAGUUUUCAGUGAAUGUCGUAAAGGUUGGUGAACCAGAAGAGGACCAUCCUUAUCUGCAUGUCCAUUCAGGGACAAGGAUUGCUGUCCUAGCUGGGGCUAAUGUUGAAUACCAAUUAUGCUAAUCUUCCCUUUAUUUUAUUUAUUCUAAAAUGCCUCUGGAAAUUAGGAAAACUUGUCUAAAACUCAACAGCUUUUAUAGUAAAUGUAUGUUUAUAAAUAAAAUGUUGAUUACCUUU